CUCACAUUCACAUUCACAUUCACAUUCACAUUCACAUUCACAUUCACAUUCACAUUCACAUUCACAGGCGACCGAAAAGGUCCUCGAGCUCGUACUGGGCAGCGCGCGCUCGCACCCCGUCCGAGCGCAUACGUGCACAGCCGAUCUCGACACGGACACCACGCACCACACCACACCACACCACAGCACACCACAGCACGACGGAUCAGCAAGAUGCCAGCACGCGGGGCACGCAUGUUUCACGAGGCAGGGGUGGGAUCUCGCACGGGCAUGAGGGCGCCCUCCAUGGGAGGAGCAGCAGGAGUCGAUGACUUGUCGGCGUACUUGGCAGCAGGUCAACGAGCCCUGGACGAGGAUGAUGAGGAUGAUGAGGAUGAUGAUGCCGAGGACUGGGCGCAGAGCGGCGAGGAGAGCUUGCAGGAGGAGAGCGAGAAUGAGACCAGAACAUCACUACGAAAGAGGAAAAGAGGCGAUCGCGCAGCGGCAAGCAGCAGCAGCAGAAUGGACAUCGAACAGAGCUCGCCUCCAUCACCGCGGAGAGCGAUUCGCAGAACCAGCGCAUACACUCGACCUGCCGACGAAGACUCCGACGCAGGAUCCGUGGUCGAUCAUGAAGACGACUUGGGCCCUUCGCGCAGGCGCGUCACGAGAUUGCCAGACGAAGACUACGAUGUUGAAGUGGAUUUCGGCACCGGCAACUCUUUUGAUCUGAGCGGCAAUGGUCCGCGCGAUAUGGACGAUGUCUAUUCGGACGAGGAGGAUCUGCUCCAGCAACCAAGGGCUGCCGCUGGCUCGAGCAAGAGCAGGGACGAUGGCAAAAAGACGUCUGCGCCUACUGCAGGAUUGGCAGCGAGAAGGAAGGCUGCGGCGGCUCGAUCUGCCCGUUUGGAAGAUUAUAGCCAGGACGAAGAGGAUGAUGUGCGAGCUAUGCUCAAUGGCGCUGCUGACAAUGACGCUCUGAUGCCUUCACCUUCGCCUCCGCUCACGCGAGCUCCUGCAAAAUCGAAGGCAGCAGCAAAGAAAAUUGCAGCGUCAGCGGCUGCUCCUUCCAAGAAACGCGGUCGCCCUCCAAAGCAACCCUCCGCCUCGCAAAGUGCCCCAAAACGAGCAAUUGCGAAGAGCAAAGCGGCUAGCACGGACGUUUCGCAACAGCAGCAGCGCGUGGUGGAACAAGUGUCUGCAGGCGAUCGCGAGCGUUCUGCCUCGGUCGAAGGGGGCUUGCGACGGAGCGGAAGGUAUAGAUACGCGCCACUGGAGCACUGGCGAGGGGAGACGGUGCGCUAUGGUCGACCCAGCUUGCCCGCAGUUCAGGAAGAGGAGAGCGAGGAGGAAGAGGGUGCAAGACGCGUGGCAAGAGGAGCUGCGGUUCCUGUACUCAAAGAGAUCAUCCGCGUGCCUAGAGCUCAAGGAGAGGGCACAUUCAGCGGCAUGAGAAAAAAGAGGGUGGUGAAAAGGGCCAGAAAGCCGAUAGGCAAUGGCGCAACCAGGACGCCGAGCGUGACAAAGAAUGAAGAGGGGGUCGAGGUGAUUACGGAGUACGCUGGCCCGGCCGCAGAUGAGCCUACGCAGAACUUUGAGGAUGGGUGGGACGACGAGACACCGCCCAAUGCGCUCGUAUGGGACGCAGCUGCUGGGAUGGAAGUGGAAAGACGCGUCGUCUGCACACGCAAGCAAGUCAGGCCACGUCCCGCAGCCAACGCCUCCUUUGGUUUCGAAAAGAUUUUCACGCUCGAGGAUCACAUGGCUUCUGGCAUGCUAGAGAUCGAGAUCGGGGGCGACAAGCCGUACAAACCCUCAAAGGACAACAAUUACGUCUUUGUGGUCCUCGAGGGCGCUGUAGAUGUGACGAUACAUCGCACGGAUUUCAGACUGGCGCCGGGUGGUAUUUUUAUGGUUCCAAAGGACAACUCGUACAGCAUCCGAAACAUCUGUCAUCGGCCUGUACGAGUGUUUUUUGCUCAAGCCCGCAAGCCUGUGGAUCCCAACGCCUCCAACCUCUACACUCAGGCUGCGACUGGAGGCGAACAAUCUUUUGGCAACAUGACGUAUUCCCAACCUCCACUUCAAGAUGCACAUCUAUACACUUCAGAUCCCUUCCUGGCCCCAUCCUCCUCUCGCGACACCUCCAGCAGAUACGCGAGAAGGUGAGGGGCAAAUGCAGAACAAAUGUAAAGUAUGACGCAAGACAUUACAAUUGCAACAAUUACCAGCGAG